UUUUUCUAUUUAUACCAUUUUACGUUUUACGCUUAUCAAUACCGCUUCAACGGACAAUAUAGCAGCUUAGCACUUGUAACUUCAUGGCUUUUUAUUCAACACUCAAUGUUAUACUUUUUUCAUCACUAUGAACUACCAGUCAUUUUACAGCAAGCUCAAUUACAACAAUUGAUAUAUCGUAAUCACAUGCAACCAGCGACAACACAGCAACCGCAGCAACCGCAUCAACAACAUCAAGAAUUGCGGCAACAAGUUCAACGUUCCGUACAGGACUAUUUUGGAGAUUUAUCACGAUUGAGUAAUUUCUGGGGAGUCACACGUUUCGCUCAACAGCCGCAAUCUACGUCAGAUAUCGCCUUAAUAAGGUCUCUGUCAACUUCAACAUCUUUGGCCGAACAGCAACACCAGCCGGAACCAGCAACAAUCGCAGCAGGAACAAUUGCAAGAAAAUCAGCGGACUAUGCAUGAUUAUGUUGGUGAUUUGACGCAAUUAGAAAACAUGUGGGGAGUUACUGAGUUCGCUACUGGCAUUCCGGUGCAUCAAAAUGAGAGGACGAAUACUCAUACUGAGUCAACAGAGAUGACGAACGGAUCAUCGUCAUUUGCAGUGUCGAUAGCUCCAUCGAUUAGCUUAGCUUCCGGUAUUGAGAUGUCCUCUGUAACCGAGGCUUCUUCUUCAGAGGGUUUUGAGGUUAUUGAAUCACCUGAUAGUAUCCAAGCGAUAUCGACUUCGGUCGAAGCUAGGGGAAACAGAUCUGCUAAUAUUACGGAAAGCAGUGAAAGCAACUGUUAGAAAGGGUGUGGUCUUCGACGAUGCUUAAAAUAUGAGGAAGUGAAAUACGCUUGCUUGCUAUACGCGUUUUAAUAUUUUGUCGAUGAACCCAAGUAAUGAAAUGAGAUGUCACUGAAAGAAUGAAGAUAUUAUAUAGAUAGUCAUAGUAAAAAUUAGCUUGUGCAGUUUGAAUAUCUAGAUGUCAAGUUGAAGAAAAUUUCAAGGAAAGCACAAGCAGGUCGUCUAGCGAGAGAAGGAGAGUGGCUUCGUGAAUAUUGAUAAAAAUAAUCAAAUGGAAAAGUUUAAUAUGCUUCUCAGUAAUGUGUAUAAUUUUAAGGAAUUUCUUUGUGUUAUUUUUCUUUUAAUUUUUUCCUUUAUUAGUUUUUUCUUUUUACUAUUUAAACGAUGAAAGAGAUAGUACCGGGAAGUAUCAAGUUCUGUGUAUACGUAAGUAACGCGUCAUUUGUACGAUGUGAAUUGUUAUUUAUUGAUUU